AUGGCGUCGCGGGCCGCCUCCCUCCUGCCCGCGGCGUCGGGUCCCGGCCGGCUCUUGCUCCGGCGCUCCGCCCGGCGCCCUUGUGCCCCCCCCGGCGACUCCUCCUCCCCUGCCCACCAGCGGCCCGUGGGAUCAGGUGGGCACGGUCGUGUUGGCGGCGGAUCUGGGCAUCCUGACCCAGAUCCGAUGGAUGUGCGGAUCUUCGAUGGCGGGGCAAAAACAAAAUCCUUCCUGCCGAUGGCAGGAGUUUUGGAUGCUUUGGCAUCUUAUGUCAGCAACAUGCUCACUGAGAUGGCAAUAGAAGAAGUGGCCAUGCUGAUUGGGGUCUCUAGCGGGAUUGAUGACCUAAGCGUCAAGCUCAGGGACCUAAAAAAUGUCCUUGCAGAUGCCGAUAAGAGGAACAUCACAGACGAGAGUGUGCGGGAGUGGGUGGAGGAACUGAAGCGCGCCAUGUACCACGCCACUGACAUCCUCGACCUGUGCCAGCUCAAAGUCAUGGAGCAAGGUCCAUCCAAGGACAUGGGGUGCUUUAACCCACUCCUCUUCUACAUGCGAAACCCCCUCCAUGCCCACGAAAUCGGGAGCCGCAUCAAGGUGCUGAACCGAAAGCUAGAUGAAAUCUCUAAGAGGGGAGGUAGUUUCAAUUUUAUCAAGCUGGAAGCCUACCAAAACAAAAAGAUAACCAACCCUCCUCCUGUCAGCCGCAAGACAAAUCCACUGCUGGAGCGAUCGAGUGUGGUCGGGGAGAAGAUUGAAGAUGAUACAAGGGCACUUGUCCAUAUGCUCAUGAUGGAGUCAGGGGACAAGAGUGAUAGCAUCAUGGUGUUUGCCAUUGUUGGUGUCGGUGGAAUUGGUAAGACUACCCUCAGCAAGAAGGUCUUUAAUGAUGAGGCCAUUCAAGACAAGUUCACCACAAAGAUAUGGUUGAGUGUCACACAAGAGUUCAGCGAGGUUGAGUUGUUGCAGACGGCCAUCACUUCUGCCAAUGGAAACUUGCCAGGGCCAGGUGGUGGGUCUCAAGACAAAGCUUUGCUUGUGCCGGCUCUUGCGAGCGCUAUCAGAGACAAGAAGAUAUUUCUUGUGUUGGAUGACAUGUGGGGCACCAAUGAAUGGACCAACUUGCUGAAGGCUGCCUUUAGCCACAGCGCCCCUGGUAGCCGAGUCCUCAUCACAUCAAGACAUGAAGCCAUUGCUCGAGGCAUGAAAGCUGUGCAUCCUUACCACCAUGUUGACAAAUUAGAGCCUGAAGAUGCUUGGUCAUUGCUCAAGAAGCAGGUACUCACAACAGAGAAAACUGAACCUGCAGUUGAUAUGCUUAAGGAUAUUGGGUUGCAAAUCGUAGAAAAAUGUGAUGGGUUACCGCUUGCCAUAAAAGUGAUGGGAGGACUCCUAUGCCAGAAGGACAAAGAGCGACGUGAUUGGGAAAAGGUUUUGCAUGAUUCUACAUGGUCAGUGAGCCGUAUGCCAGAAGAGCUAAACAAUGCAAUAUAUGUUAGCUACGAGGACUUGUCUCCAUGUUUAAAACAAUGCUUUCUGCAUUUCUCCCUUAAGCCUAAAAGAAUAGGUUUUACCCACGCACAGUUUGUGGGAAUGUGGAUUGGUGAAGGAUUUGUUCAUGGGGACUCUGAUAAAUUGGAAGAAUUAGGAAAUGAGUACCAUAAGGAGCUAAUAUUGAGGAACCUAAUAGAGCCGGAUCCGUUAUAUUCCAAUCAAACUAUUUGCCACAUGCAUGAUGUUGUUCGAUCAUUUGCUCAAUUUUUGACUAGAGAUGAAGCACUAAUAGGUCAUAGUGGAGAAAUUCUUAAUAGCAAACUUAGUCUACCAAAGUUUCUUAGGUUAUCUGUAGAAACCAAAGGCGGGCAGUCUGAUGAAUUUGAGUGGAGAUGUUUACAAGAGCAAAAAUCGCUAAGAUCGAUAAUAAUAAUUGGGAAUUUCAAGAUUCAGUCUGGUGAUUCGCUGAUGAGCUUUUCAAGUCUCCGAACUCUACAUAUUGAGUCUGCAAAUUUUGCUGCAUUGACUGAAUCUCUAUAUCAGCUCAAACACCUGAGGUAUCUAACACUACAACACUGCAAUGAUAUAAACAGCCUGCCAGAGGACAUUCACAAGGUAAAAUUCCUACAACACCUUGGUCUUGAAGGUUGUAGGAGUCUGGUGAAACUUCCUGACAGCAUUGUCAAGUUAGAGGAACUGCGAUUUCUUGACCUUGAUGACACAUGUGUAAAUAAUAUGCCUAGGGGUUUCUGUGCCUUGAUAAAUCUGAGGGAACUAUAUGGGUUCCCAGCCUACGUGGAUGGUGAUUGGUGUAGUUUGGAAGAGUUGGGACCUCUUUCUCACCUCAUUCAUCUUGGAUUAAAGGGUUUGGAGAAUGUAGCCGUUACCUCGUCUGCCUUGAAGGCCAUGCUUGUUGCAAAGGUGCAUCUUACGUUAAUGAAAUUACACUGCACCAAUACACUUGACAACAAUAGAAGAGUACCCUCUGAGAAGGAACAAGGAAUAAUUGAGGAGGUGUUUGAUGAACUCCAUCCUCCGUCUUGCAUCGAAAAUAUUAACAUCCAAGGAUAUUUUGGUCGCCAGCUCCCAAGAUGGAUGAUGUCGACAGCAACAUCGCCCCUCAAGAGCUUGAGGUUUCUAACAAUGCAUGAACUUGUUUGUUGCACCCAACUCCCUGAUGGCUUGUGUCUGCUCCCAUGUCUCGAGCUCCUAGCAGUCGACCGAGCGCCAGCUAUCAAGCGUGUUGGGCCUGAAUUUGUGCAGUCCCCGGAUCACCGUCAUCAUCCUUCAUCCCAGGUGACAACUUCUUUUCCAAGACUGCAUCAGAUGAAGCUAAAUGCAUUGGUGCAAUGGGAGGACUGGGAAUGGGAGGAGCAAGUGCAAACUAUGCUCCUCUUGGAUGAGCUUAGUAUCGUAAGAUGCAAUUUGAGGCGUAUCCCCCCCGGCCUCGCAUCCCAUGCAAGGGCUUUGAAAAAAGUAUAUAUGAGCAACAUCAAGCGCCUUGACUCUGUUGAAAACUUUGGUUCCGUCACUGAGCUCAGCCUGUCUCGCAUGCCGGAGAUGACUAGGAUCUCUAAUCUUCCCAAAUUGCAGAAUCUUGAGAUCAGCUUCUGCCCAAAGGUCGAGUUACUUGAGCAGGUGCCUGCACUCAGAAGACUUGUGCUGAAUCUGUGGCACAGUGAGAAACAACUCCCGUUAUACCUACGGGCUGUGAAGCCAAGUCAUUUUUUGUUGAACUGCAGCCGAAAGGUACUCACCUCCAUGGCUUUGGGAAAAUCUGGCUCGGAGUGGUACAAGUUCAGCCAUAUCCAGCAUGUUGAGGCUUAUGCAAAGGAUGGGGGCAAUGAAAAAAAAUGGCACCUACUGUACACAAGAGAGCCCCACAAGAUCGAUACAAAUGUUGUGCAGGAUUACUCAAAUGAAAAAUAG